AUGCCACCCUCCUCCAACCGGAGACUUCGCUCUCGCAGGGAGCCAGAUCCGCCGCAGCAGUCUGAUGCUGAUACUCCCGAGUCCAUAGCCACGCCUUCAAGGAAGCGGAGACGGCUGAAUGGCGCCGAUCGCACCGCCGCCGUCGCUGAGGACAUUCCCCGUACCCGCAUCACCGAGUCCCUGCAGAGCAAUGACUCUAAUACGACGCUGCCCAACGGAGCAGAUGCCGAAGGCCCGUCCGACCCAGUAGACAGACAGAAUCUAAUCAUCGCCUCAUUGCGCACGCCAAACUACCUACCAAAUGCGGCCGUCGACUACGCCAACGACUUGCAGGCGCGGAGGAACAAAACCAACAACGUCGCGGCAUACGCAAAGAUCGCCGCCCGCGACUGGUGCUUCUUCGUCCAGAAGACUGAUCUUAGGAUCGGGCGAGCCGACUCGGCGCUCCGCCCCAACCCCGCUAACUCUCAAGAUGCGAGCGGACUGCCCACCGAGGAUCAGGUCAAUGAAUGGGGCGUGGACAUCGACCUUGGCCCCGAGCGGCAGAUUUCGCGGAUCCAUGCUGAGAUCCACUUCGACACGGUGUUGCAACAGUGGUUCAUCUUCGUGAACAGCCGCAACGGCCUGAAGCUGGACGACAACAAUCUGAGUAAAGGAUCCCGCGCCCCCCUUCACUCUGGUAUCUGCAUUGGCAUCAUGGGCACUCAGAUGCUCUUUCUUCUGGCCAACCAGGAUGAUCAGUUCCAUCCCAUGCUGUGGCGCCAGGUUAAGAAUGACCCAGAUGCAGGAGCCUCUGACGACGAAGGCAACCCGCCGAAUCGGUCCCUUCCACAUGCUCAUCCUAGCGGUCCAACACCUAAGCGUGAGAACUAUGACCCCUUUCCACCAUCCUCACAUCCUCGUCAUAAGCAGUCGUCGCAAGGCUACAACAAUCAAUUAACAUCCACACCAGGUCGGCCCGAGCCAGGAACUCCCCUAGCCGUGCGUUCCUCCCACAGGGGCAGUAAGACCUCCCCGGCUACGUAUCCCCGCGGGCUGAUGAUGGAGUCUUCAGAAGACAUCGACUAUAGCCAAGAAUCGUACAAGGAGGUCAAGCCACCACAUAGUUAUGCCCAGCUUAUUGGUGAAGCUAUCCUGAGUAGUUCUGAGGAGAUGCUUACUCUGGCAAAUAUCUACCAGUUCAUCAAGGAUAAAUAUGCAUACUUUAGACACACUAAUGCAGGGUGGCAGAACUCUAUCCGCCACAAUCUAUCCCUAAGCAAGGUUUUUGAAAAGGUAGCGCGUCGCACAGACGAGCCAGGCAAAGGGAUGAAGUGGAGGAUUGCGGAUAGCGAGCGUGAGGACUUUUUGAAGAGGCAACACCGACCCCGCAAAGGUGGCUCUGCUGUUCGACUUGACUCUUCUGGGCCCAACUCACCAGCCUUUCGAGAAGCUCCUUCGCAGGCAACCGAGCGUCUCCUCGAUGUGCUUAGCCAGCCCAAUUUGUUCGGGAAGCAGGAGCCAGGCCCUACCCGCGUUAAGUCUCCUCCCCGUUCUGCGACUCCACCCUUGGCGUCUUAUCCAAUGGCAAACGAGUCAUAUACUCCCGACCGAGGCCCCCGCUCCAAUCCUUUCGGGGGGUUCAAGCAAUCCCCCACUCACGGUGAACAAUCGAAUCUUGCGACCCCUGCUAAGCGACUCUUCCAAGAUGCGAAGCCUAGCGGCCCUUCUAUCUUCCCGCAGAGCUCUGAAGCACUGGACUCAACCCGCAUGCUCGGCAAUCCUGGAUCGUCGCCGAACGUCGACCCUCCAAAGCCAAAGAUUACAGGUUUGAAGGGUGACGCUGCAAACUCACCACCGCCGUUAUAUUCUGAUGCUGCUGCGAACAAUGCCAAUGGUGCGCAGGACGGUAGUAGGCAGAACAAUGCUGGGUUGGUAACUCCGCUCGUCACGCGGCAUGCACCUCGGCUCGCACCCCCCAGUACUGCCCAAGUCCCAAGUCAGUUUAUGAACUUCUCUAGUCCAGCGCCUUUUUGGAAGUAUAUCGAUCUGCCAAGUACACCGGCCCGCGCCCCGAACCUCGAUCUUAGCCCGACAAAGAUGAAGAAGGAUGAAGACGAGGAGAAAGAUAUCGAGGAUGAGCAAGUGCAACCAAGUUCACCACCAAUCAUGCCAGGUGAAGACCCAAGUGGCGAGGCCGACGACGGCGACGACGACGGCGACGAGAACGACAACGAGAAAGGCGAUGAAGAGGAGGAUGUCGGCCCUGAUAGCCCUAGCCGCACGGUCUCCCGUCCUGUGAGCCGUAACCCUGGUCUGCAGCGCUCCCGCUCAAACUCGAACGUCAAUGGUUUUGUGGCGAACCCUGUGAACGGUGGUAUGGUCCGAGGCGCUAGUCUCGGCUCUUUCGAAGAAGAUGCAGACGAGGAGGGAUUCGACCUGGCAAAGUACGACCUAAAAAUUCCUAAGGGCAGUGGCGGAUACCCCGAGGCUCUGGAAGUUGUCUAA